AUGUCGCUCACAUCCCGCAUCGCCCUCGCGGGCUCGGAGGGCACCGACCCGGAGGACUUUCUCUCCGAGUCUCUGGGCGUCGUCUUCCCGGACGACGUGACGAACCAGCACGGGGACCCGGACUCGUGGCUGGUGUACACGUCGCCGCAUCUGCCUAAACCCUUGCAGCUGAGGCUGUGCCAGCCGGGGGACGACACGGAGAGGGGGCUGUUCAGCCACUUCCUGUGGAACUCGUCGCUGCUGCUCGCCGAGCUGAUAGAGCGGGACUCGUAUCUAAUAAGCGAGGAGGGCGCUACCGUGGAAGGGGAUGAGGCCAAGUCGGUAGGCCUCUUCGACGUGAGGGGGCGGAGGACUGUAGAGCUGGGCGCGGGCACGGCGCUGCCGAGCAUCAUGGGCGGGCUGCUGGACGCCGAGGAGGUUCUCGUGACGGAUUACCCUGCUCCGCCGCUGAUAGAGGCGCUCAGGACGAACGUCAAGAAGAACGUGAAGGUUGAGAUGUCCCCCCUAGGCAGGGUGUCUCUCGACGUGAGGGUCCUGGGCCACGAAUGGGGAACGUUCCCCGAGGGAGACGGGGUGACCGGGAAGAGGCACGCUUUCGACCGCGUGCUCAUCUGCGACUGUCUGUGGAUGCCAUGGCAGCACGGGAACCUCCAGCGGUCCGUCGACUUCCUCCUCAAGCAGACGACGGAGGCUAGGUGCUGGGUCGUCGCUGGGUUCCACACGGGCCGGGCGAAGAUGGCCGGGUUCUUUGACGAGGAGGCAUUGAAGGAGGAGGCCGGGUGCGAGAUUGAGAAGAUAUGGGAGCAGGACUGCGAUGGGAAGCAGAGGAAAUGGGUGAAGGACCAAGCAGAGGAGGAUCCAGGGACGAGAAAGCGGUGGCUGGUUGUUGCGGUGUUGAAGAGGGUGCAGAGAGAGAGAUAA